AUGAAUUAUACAGUGUUCCCUUUUACUUUCAAGGUCGAGGCUAAGUUAAUUGAAUUGUGUGUGGAUCCACCGAAGGAAACGGGCGGUCUACCAUUGACGCACUACGAACUUCGCAUACAAACUCAUCCACGAGGAGCGUUUUACGGUCCGUUCGCCUACCUACCUGGUCGUAGACUCCUUCGUUUACCGCACCUGAUUCCGGGAUACUACUAUCGAUUUGCACUGUCUGCGGUCUCCGCAGCCGGUCGAGGACCAAAUGCGUACCUUCAG